ACAUAUAGGUAGGUUACAGUGAAUCAGCAGAAGAUAUACAAUUAAUAUUGAGGUUGAAAUAUUAUUAGGAAAUGUCUUAUCCUCAACCUCAUGACUACAAUAAUGGUGAGCCUGCAGAGAAGUGUUCCAAGAUUGCAGUAACGACGUUGGGUGCAAGAAUUGCCGCCAUUGUUUCUCUCAUAGUAGCACUUGCAGUUUUUCAGACCAAUGAUACCAAGAUUGAUACGGGCUAUGUCUACACCUACAAGGAUUUCCGCUCUUACAAGUACGGUUUUUGGGUAGGGUUGAUUGGAGUUGGGUACAGUGUGCUGCAAGUUCCAUUUGCUAUGCACUACAUGAUGAGGAAGAAACAUCUCAUAAAUAGCUACGCCUUCCUUAAGUUUGAUUUCUACGCAGACAAGGUGGUGGCGUUGGUGGUGGCAAUGGCGGCGGGGGCGACAUUCGGAACUACGACGGAUAUGAAGAAACAUGUGAGAUGGAAUGAUGAUAAUGAUGAUAUGCAGAGUUUCUUUACGGUAUCGUAUAUUGCGGCGGCAUUUCUCCUUGUGGGAAGCAUAGCAUGCUGGAUUUCAUCCGUUCAUUCAUCGCUCGCCCUAUCUAACAAAUUAAGAUUACAGUUUUAGCCCAGUUUGGUUGGGUGUUUUUAGAGGUUGGAAAGAGAUUCAAUUAAAUUGAAUCCCUUACUUGUUGUUUAGUUUGAGUAAUGGGUUAACCAUUAUCCCUUACUUGAGGGGUAACCCAAUCAACCAAUUUAUUACCCCUCAAAAUAGAGGGGAAACAAAAGAAAGGGAAUUCCUUACUAAUGAUUCAUUUCCAUUGUUUAACCAAA